AUGCUACUCCUAGAUUACCACAACGUCCUCAUACACUCGCUGCUAACUGAGCGGUUCUCAGGAGCUGCCCCAGUUUCGAUCGAUCAGAUAGUAUCCGACUUCGACGGCGUUACGUUUCAUGUUUCCACUCCCGAGACCAAAUCCAAAAUCCUCAUCUCCAUCGCAGUACGCUGUUUCCGCGAGCUGGUACAAUAUGGUGCGGAGGGUGUCCUUCAGAGAGAAUACGGACCAUACAUUGUAUCCCCAGAGCCUGGAUAUGACUUUUCAAUCCUCAUAGACCUGGAGGAUCUCCCUGCUGAGCAGGAGGCAAGGGAUCAACUAAUUAUGAGCAUUGCGCUCAUGAAACGGAAUGCCAUGGCUUCGCCCUUCGAGAGAGGAUUUGAAGAGUUCCAAAAACUCGAGGAGGAGUCUAACAAAUACUCCCUUGAAGCUCUUCCACAACAGUUAAAGGAUGGUGGAGAGGUGAUGACUGUCCAUUACCGAGAUGAGGAGGCCAUAUUCAUCAAGGCUGGAUACGAUUGCGUCACUGUUAUUUUCAGCACAAUCUUCAGGGAUGAGACAGAUAAGAUCUUUGGUAAAGUGUUCCUUCAGGUAUGCCAUAAUGGCCUAUAUCCCUUGCUCUCUAUAUCUCUGGAUUUAUCAUCUGAUUUCUUGAUAGGAAUUCGCCGACGUUCGAAGGCGAGCCAUACAAAACGCCCCCCAAGUCCUAUUCCGCAACGAUCCACCGCUAGAACUCCAAGGGAUUCCAGGCCUAAAGGACUCUCGAAAUGGGGAAGUCGGCUACAUCACAUUCGGUAA